AUGUUAUUUGAAUACAGUUCAAGCUUAGAAUCUGCUGAUGAGAAUCCAUACGGAGAAGUUGAUCGAAUGGUUGACGAAUUUGUCACUCAUCACUUACCAAACACAUUCUUUCCACGAGGUCCUAGACUUCGAAAUGGGAAUGAUACCAUUUCGAUUCCAGCAGAUAGAAACCGUGAAGAAGGGCAUAACCGCUUGUUUAAUGAUUACUUUGCGGAAAAUCCAGUAUAUUCAGACAAACAGUUUCGUCGAAGGUUUCGAAUGAGAAGACCUUUGUUUUGCCGUAUCAUGAACAAAGUGGUUGAAAAUGAUGUUUUCUUGCAACAGAGAAGAAAUGCUGCCGGAAAAUUAGGGUUAUCAGGAUUGCAAAAAUGCAUUGCAGCUAUCAGAAUGUUAGCAUAUGGUUUGGCUCCGGAUGCAAUUGAUGAAAAUCUGCGAAUGGGUGAAGCAACUUCAAAAAAAUCAUUAUUACAUUUCACUCAAGGGGUAAUCAAGCAUUUUGAAGAGGAUUACCUAAGAAGUCCUACAGAUGAAGACUUAAGGAGAAUCCUUUAUCAAAAUGAAAUGCGCGGAUUUCCAGGCAUGAUUGGUAGUAUUGAUUGUAUGCACUGGGAAUGGAAGAACUGUCCUACCGCAUGGAGAGGUCAAUACCAAGGAUGCAGCGGGAAAGCGUCCCUAAUUCUUGAAGCUGUUGCAGAUCAAGAUCUAUGGAUUUGGCAUUCAUUUUUUUGGUAUUCCUGGUUCAUCUAA